AUGUUGGUUUCACUGUCGCCAACGACUCUCUCAUUUCUCUUCCUAAGUCUGGGCUACUUUCUGAUCCGGUACUUCAAUUCCACCGACCAACCGAAGAUCAAAGGGCUGCCUGAAAUACCUGGUGUACCACUAUUCGGAAAUCUUUUGCAAUUGGGUCAAGACCAUGCCAGAGUGAGUGCCAAAUGGGCAAAGGAUCACGGUUGGCCCGUCUUCCAGACUCGCUUGGGAAAUCGCCGUAUCAUCUGGGCCAACACCUUUGAAUCUGUCAAGCACUUUUGGAUCACCAAUCAGUCAUCUCUGAUCUCCCGACCAACGUUGUAUACUUUCCACAGCGUGGUUUCGAGCAGUCAAGGCUUCACGAUUGGUACUUCCCCAUGGGAUGAAUCAUGCAAGCGCCGACGUAAGGUAGCUGCCACUGCCUUGAACCGUCCAGCUGUCCAGAGCUACAUGCCGUUCAUUGAUUUGGAGAGCUGUGUGGCUAUCAAGGAUAUGUACAAGGAUUCGAAAGCCGGUACUGUUGACUUGGAUCCUCGCAAAUAUUUCCAUCGCUUCGCCCUCAACACCAGCUUGACCUUGAACUAUGGUAUUCGCAUCGAUGGAGGUAUUGACCAGGAGCUACUCAGAGAAGUCGUACACGUUGAGCGAGUUGUUUCCAACUUCCGGAGCACAUCCAACAAUUGGCAAGACUAUAUUCCACUUCUCCGACUGCCAUUGAUCUCACGACAGAACAAGUCUGCUGCUGAGUAUCGCCAACGACGUGACAAAUACCUGACCACGUUCUUGAACAUGCUCAAGGAUCGCAUUGCCAAAGGUACCGAUAGACCUUGUAUCACUGGGAAUAUCCUCAAGGAUCCCGAGGAGACAUUGAAUGAUGCAGAGAUCAAAUCUAUCUGCCUCACCAUGGUUUCUGCCGGUAUUGACACCGUUCCUGGGAACAUGAUUAUGGGUCUUGGAUACCUGGCAUCACCUGAAGGCAAACACAUCCAGCAAAAGGCAUAUGAGGAAAUCAUGAAGGUUUACCCCGAGGAUGGUGAAGCGUGGGAGAAAAGUCUCAUUGAAGAAAAGGUGCCAUAUAUCACUGCGCUGACGAAAGAGAUUCUUCGCUUUUUCACUGUCAUCCCGAUCUGCCUACCACGCACGAGUAUCAAGGACAUCAAGUACAACGACACGGUGAUUCCAGCUGGUAGCGUCUUCUACAUGAACGCGUGGUCCGCGGACUACGACGAAACCCAUUUCAAAGACCCUGCUCGAUUUAUUCCCGAGAGAUAUUUGAACGAUCAGGAAGGCAGUGGCACACCACAUUACGCAUAUGGCGCAGGCAGCCGGAUGUGUGUGGGAUCACACUUGGCAAAUCGGGAGAUCUACACGGCCUUUUUGAGGAUGAUUGUGGCAUUUGAAUUUGUGCCAGCGAAAGACUCAUCGGACUGGCCCGUCUUGGAUGCUCUGGAGUGUAACAGUAUUCCCACUGCUUUGACCACUGAGCCCAAACCCUUCAAAGUUGGUUUCCGCAUUCGCAACCAAGAAGCACUCGACAGGUGGAUUCGUGAUAGUGAUGAGAGGACAAAGGAUUUGUGA